AAUCAGGAAAGGAAAGGGAAGAGGAGCAGCCAAGUCUCUCCGAGCGACAUCUUGGUUGUCGGGUCUCUACGGUUGCUCGGUUUUUUAAGAAACACCACCAGUCAUGGCGAACAGGAUUCUCUUGGCCUUCGUGGCCGCCGACAUCGUCUUCCUCAUCACUGGAGCCCUUCUCCUCGGUUUCUCCCUCAUCAACCAGAACCUCGUCGGGGAGACUCCUACGGAAGGAGCUGCAGCCGUCAUGCGUCUGCUGACGGCUAAAUUCCCAUUGACAGCCGGUAUCGUCAACGCCGUUUUCAUCUUCGUCACUUUCGUCAGCACCAUCCCCGGUAUGAUCACGCCGACUCGCGGCUGGCUCAAGAUCUCGGGCUACAUGACGACCUUCUGUGGUCUCUUCAGCCUUAUCCUCGGUGUCUACCUCUGGGUUAUUACCCUCACCACCAAGAACGAUUUCGGCAAGACGUGGAACGCUCAAGACCCUCGCAUUCAGGAUAUGAUGCAGACUGCUUUCAAAUGCUGUGGAUAUUUCAACAGCACUUCACCUGCAUUCAUCACGGAUGCUCAAUGCCCGAGUCCCGCCGCCGCCGCCCUGCAGCGUGGCUGCGCAACCCCGAUCACGAGCUUCGCCAACAUCUUCAUCGAUAACAUCUUCACCGCCGUCUUCGGCAUGGUCGGUAUCGAUGCCCUUCUCGUCUUAUGCACGGCUAUGCUUCUUAAGGACCGCAAGGAGCGCGAACGCUACCGCCACAUUGACGAGAAGGCUGGCUACCGCGGUUUCUAAAAUCCUGGCAGUCUCGUUUCCCAGGGCAAUGUCGCAAGCCGCGGAUCGGGCCACUCAAACCUUUCUCAUCUCUCGUUCUGGGAACCUUUCUUCGGAAACACCCCCUUUUCUUGCUGUAUGGUAUGAGGGAGCGAGCGUGGCACUCCUCCCUCUCUUUUCUUUUUUUUCCUGGGAUGAGAAUGAAAUGAUAAUCGCCUCACCGCUGCAGUCAUUGAAUGUCUUUAAUCUUUCUGAGACAAAAAUGGACAGGCAGAAUCAAUAUCUUACCCCCAUU